GGUCAAAGAAAUCUGAAAAAUGAUUGAGCCAAAUCUAGAGACAGGAUUGCAGUCUGUCUUAAGGAUAUAAAAUAGGACAUAACUCCAGAUGAGGUCCGAGUAUGCUCUGACACUGAAACAAAAACAUUCUCCAUUCUUGUUAUGGUGAGUGACAGAGGGGAGCCAACAGGGCAGAGAGAGAGGACAAGUCGGCAGGGAGAAAGCUUCUCCUGUGUCAGGGUGAACAUGGAUGACACUGGCAAAGUAGAUAGAGCCAUGGCUGCAAAUCACAGCCUGGGAAGCAGCCUCUCGGCAGAGCCUCAAGUGACUUCAGCAGCUCUGGCAGCUGUGGUUUCCAGCAUGGCUGUGGACUGGCUCGGCUUUGGCUAUGCUGCCCUGGUGGCAACAGGAGGGCUUAUUGGCUAUGCAAAAGCAGGUAGUGUCCCAUCUCUAGCUGCUGGCCUUCUCUUUGGGAGUUUUGCUGGACUGGGUGCCUAUCAGCUCUCACAGAAUCCAAAUAAUGUAUGGAUUUCUCUGAUUUGCUAAUGGUUGGAAGAUUAGCACUGAAAAUGAUGGAAAAACCACACGAUAAGUAGUUUUGCAGCUUAAUCUCUGAAUAAGGAAACCUGAGAAUGAAGAUGCAGGAAUGCAGAAGAAAAAGGAUGGAAAAGUUUUCUAUAUCAAGACAGCUUAUUUUUUAAUAAUGGGAAAGAAAAUUAUGAGAGUUUUUUUUAUAUAUAUACAAGAUGCCAUUUGUUUCAAAGAUCAUUUGUAGAGCUGUUGUUGUGUGGUAAGAUACUGGUCUUGGUUUCCAAACACAUCUCAGUGUAUUUCAACUCUUCCAGUUUUUAUAUUCCAAAAUAAACUGAUGACAUGUAUGAAGCAGGGAGGACUCAUAUUUAAGAAAGUAUCCAUAAAGAGUCACAUGAGUGGCUGGCCAAAUACAGCACUAUGGUAUCUCAUGCCUUUUAUCCUGCGUGUUACAGUAUGCUUUCCCUGCUUGCAUUCUAAGUUGUAAGACCAUAAGUGUAUAACACCAAACAGAUCUUUUUAUUGUGGAAUGAUGUUAAAAGAGAAUGGCUCUUCUACAAAUAAAAUCUGUUAUAAGACUUUA